AUGACUCUUUUAUCCGGCGCACUAAAAAUUAACUCAGGUGAAUUGGUUGAUACAAUUCACCAGACGGCCGAAAAGUUCGGAGCCAAAAACCGUUGGGGACCAGAACCAACUCAAACGGGUGUGAGAAGACUCGCGCUUUCAGAUUAUGACAAGGAAGUUAAGGACUGGUUCAUUCAGCAGGCAAAAUCUCUUGGCUGUAAAGUCAUAGUCGAUGAAGUCGGAAACAUUUUUGCUACCUUUCCAGGUAAGAACAGGGAUGCGAAGCCCACUGGUAUGGGAUCUCAUCUUGAUACUCAGCCAACCGGUGGUAGAUACGAUGGUAUCUUUGGUGUUCUCUCUGGUCUUCAGGUUUUAAGAACUUUAAAGGCUAACGACUAUGUUCCCAACUAUCCAAUCACUUUGGUGGAUUGGUGCAAUGAAGAAGGAGCACGUUUUCCGAUGUCACUCAUGUCUUCUUCGGUUUGGGCAGGUAUAUCAACCAAAGAGCAUGUAUAUGGGUUAAAGGAUGUAUAUGACAAUAAAACCACUGUCUUGGAAGAACUCAAUAGAAUUGGUUACAAAGGGUCUGUGGAGUCCAGUCAUGUUGCCAACCCCUUAAACUGCCACUUUGAGAUUCAUAUUGAACAAGGACCGAUUCUUGAAAUGAUGGGAAAGAGGAUAGGAGUCCUCACAAGUGCCCAAGCUUUCAGAUGGCUAGAUGUUACCUUCAAAGGUAUGCCACAGCAUACUGGUACCACUCCACUCGAAUAUAGAAGAGACGCUUUGCUUGCUACAGCUAAGGUUAUUACGGGUAUCAAUGAGAUCGGAAAGAAGCACCAUGGUGUUGCUUCUGUCGGAAUGAUGAGUCUCUCUCCAAAUGUGGUUAACGUUAUCCCUGGUGAAGUCAGUUUUGUUGUUGAUAUUAGACAUCACACUGAUGAAGGGCUUCACAAAAUUUACACGGAUGUCAGGGCAUUGAUUGAUGAGAUCACCUUGAACAAGGCUGGUAACGGCAUCCCCUUGGAAGUUGAGAUAGGUGAUCCAUACCCAAUUCCUACCACCGUUUUUCACACAGAUCUAGUGGACUUGAUUGAAGAAUGUGCAUAUUCUGUCGUUGGAGAAGAAAAUACUCAUAGAAUGGUGAGUGGAGCAGGGCACGACUCUUGUGCAACUGGUUCUGUCAUACCGACUGCAAUGAUAUUUGUUCCUUCUAAGAAUGGAAUUUCUCAUAAUCCUGAGGAGUAUACCAAGCCGGACGAGCUUGAGGCUGGUUUCAGAGUUUUGUUGGAAACGAUUUUAAGAUAUGAUCAGGAAAGAGUUGAGUAG